AUGGAGCCUGGUGCUGGUCCUUGCACUGAAGCCACGGUCCCGAAUGCUCUCCAUGAUGACUGCAAACAGAAGUACAGCCAACUUUCUACCGAAUGUGACAACCUGCAUGUGGACAUCAGCAAACUCAAAGUUGAGAAUGAGCAACUAAAAGCAACACUCAGGAACACACAGUUUUCCUUUAGCUCUAUCAAAUGCAAAGCAGCACAGGUUCUGUUUUUCACAGGCUGUGCGUCAAAAGGGGACUCUACAAACGGAGUAAAUAACAUCUCCAAAACGGACGGAGCGAGUGCCGCUGGUGUGACUGAGGAGACCCAGGCGUGCUGCGGGCCACGGCCGCGUGUUUCCCAGCACUGGAUCCCGGUGGACUACAGGAGGGAAGUGGUCCAGCUCUUCAGACUAGCGGGACCAGUGAUCAUUUCGCAGUUGAUGGUGUUUCUUAUCAGUUUUAUCAGCACAGUGUUCUGUGGUCACCUGGGGAAAACAGAGCUUGCUGGGGUGGCAUUAGCGAUAGCGGUGAUCAAUGUCACUGGUAUUUCCAUUGGCACUGGCAUGGCCUCAGCCUGUGAUACUCUCAUAUCUCAGACUUACGGGAGUGGUAACCUUAAGCGUGUGGGAGUGAUUCUUCAGAGAGGGAUUCUGAUUUUGCUGCUGGCCUGUUUCCCCUGCUGGGCUCUCCUCAUCAACACUGAGCCCAUCCUCCUGGCUGUCAGACAGAGCCCCGAGGUCGCCAGCCUCUCCCAGCUGUAUGUGAAGAUCUUUAUGCCUGCUCUCCCGGCUGCUUUCAUGUACCAGCUGCAGGGGAGAUAUCUUCAGAAUCAGGGUAUUAUAUGGCCCCAAGUGAUAACUGGAGCGAUGGGGAAUGUUGUUAAUGCACUUAUUAACUACAUAUUCCUAUACCCACUUGAUCUGGGUGUCGCUGGAUCUGCAGCAGCUAACGCCCUCUCUCAGUACUCUCUGUGUGUGUUCUUGUACGUUUACAUCUGCUGGAAGGGGCUGCACAAGGCCACAUGGGGAGGUUGGUCACUUGACUGUCUACAGGAGUGGGGUCCCUUCAUCCAGCUGGCCAUUCCCAGCAUGCUCAUGCUUUGUCUGGAGUGGUGGAUGUUUGAAGUUGGAGGAUUCCUGGCCGGUGUAAUAAGUGAAGUUGAACUGGGAGCUCAGUCAAUCGUUUACGAGUUAGCCACUACUGCUUACAUGUUCCCACUAGGAUUCUCUGUUGCUGCCAGUGUACGGGUCGGAAACGCUCUCGGUGCUGGGGACACAGAGAAGGCCAAACUGUCCGGCAAAGUUGCUAUCAUCUGUACAUUCAUAGUCUCAUGCUUCGUUGGGGCUAGUGUUGGAAUACCUAAAGAUGUUAUUGGAUACAUUUUCACCUCUGAGCAAGAGAUCAUUCAGCGAGUUGCUGACGUCAUGAUCAUGUACAGCUUCUUCCAUCUCCUUGAUGCCACUGCGGGUGUGACAGGGGGCAUUGUAAGGGGAGCAGGGAAGCAGAUGAUAGGUGCUUUAUGCAACUUGGUGGGAUACUACUUCAUUGGCUUCCCCAUCGGUGUGUCCUUGAUGUUUGCAGCCAAAAUGGGCAUCGUAGGACUGUGGUCAGGACUUAUGAUUUGUGUUGCUUUACAAUCCACAUUCUUUAUAGUUUUUGUGUGGAAACUAAACUGGAAGAAAGCCACUGAGGAGGCGCUGGUGAGAGCAGGAGUUGGCAUCAGAGAGGAAAAAGAGAUGACUGGGAUGGAAAAUAAGGAACCAUCCCUUGACUUGGAUCAGAACCAGGCCCAAGACAGGACCCCGCCAUCCGGUUGUGUGAGCUCUGAGGAAGGGAGCUCAGGCCUCGAGGUGCUUGGUUCAGGACAGAGAGAAUCGGCCAAGGUGCUUUCGGUCAGACAGCUGGUUUUACGUCGUGGCCUGGCAGUGCUCAUUAUGGUCCUCAUCCUCGUUGCUGGAAUCUUCAUCAGCUGGCUGCUCAUUAGACUGCUCCAGUAA